AACGUGCAGUUUUACGUCACUUCCGUAAACAUGGCUAUUUAACCUUCAGCUAUUCGAAUGGUUUCUACUCGUUAUAUUACUCGCGGGAACACGCCAACGAUACAUGUGAUUAAAAAUAAAUAAGUUAAAAAAAAGAAGAAAUUCCGCAGACCUGACGCCUGGAUUUUGUCCGCCUGACGUCUCCACGUUCCCUCCUCUCUUCCUCCUCCGUUCCUCGUCCAGCCCUCAGACGUGCCGGGCCGUGCUGUGAAUGGGAGCGGAGUUUUUUUUAAUUUUUUUUUUUUUAGGUUGAGGGUGGGCUUGGGUAUCGCGUCUCUCGGCUCUCCUGGACAUCCCGUUAGCAUCCUGUCGCCCUCUCGCCCGCAUCCAGUAGGAACUGUUCCCCGAGAAGAAGGAAGAAGAAGAAGGAAAAAAAACAGCGAUUGUCGUCGCGGACACCGCUUGUGUUGCUGAAUUAUCGGCUUUCAUUAACCGCCGUCAUCGCUGCAGACAGGAAGGUCCCCCCCCCCUCUCUCCCCUGAGCUUUUCGUGGGGUAAACAGAAGGCCCGUGAGGUGUUACAUCCCAUGGCUUCUGUGUGGGGACGAGGUGCCCGUGGGUUCCUUUUGGGGACGGUCGUGGUUCCGUGUUGAGAUGUUGCAGAUAGCUUUAGCUACUGCGGCCUGUCAUCCGUAUCACCAUACGGUUUGGUUCAACUGUCACAUAUCAGCAGACGUCCCCCCCCCAGCCCCCGAUGAAAGCGAGUAGCUAUGGCCGAACAAGACAUUUGUCCUCACCAGGAUUCCAUAGGAGAGCUGACCAAGGAGGACCUCCUCCAGAAAUCCAAGGGAACCUGCCAGUCUUGCGGAUCUGGGGGCCCAAACCUGUGGGCCUGUCUGCAGAGUGACUGCCCGUAUGUCGGCUGUGGGGAGUCCAACGCCGACCACAGCACGCUGCACGCACAGGCGGAGAAGCACAACCUGACGGUGAACCUGACCACGUUCAGGAUCUGGUGUUAUGUGUGUGAGCGGGAGGUGUUUCUGGAGCAGAGGCCCGCCCCCCACCGCCACUGUAAAGCCUCAGAGCAGGAAGCAGCUCCUCAGCCGGUAGGUCACCACCUGAAAGCAGUGCCGAUUGCCGUGGCCGAAGAAGAAGGCUCGGAGUCAGAGGAUGACGAGCUUAAACCGAGAGGUUUGACAGGAAUGAAAAAUAUUGGGAACUCGUGCUACAUGAACGCGGCUCUUCAAGCCCUGUCCAACUGUCCUCCUCUGACUCAGUUCUUCCUGGACUGCAGCGGAUUGGUCCGCACCGAUAAGAAGCCCGCCCUCUGCAGGAGCUACCAGAAACUCAUCUCAGAACUCUGGCAUAAAAAACGGCCCAGCUAUGUCGUGCCUACCAGUCUGUCUCAUGGCAUCAAACUAGUAAACCCCAUGUUUCGUGGUUACGCUCAGCAGGUAGGGGCAAGCAGCCAGCAGGACACCCAGGAAUUCCUGCGCUGCCUCAUGGACCAGUUGCACGAGGAGCUGAAGGAGCCUCUGACCGAAUGCAGCAUGAGCAGGGAGGGGAGCGACGGCGAGGAGACGAGGGACGGAGACCGCUCGCCGUCCGAGGACGACUUCCUGUCCUGCGACUCCGGCUCCAGCAGUGACCGCGGGGAGGGAGGGACGGCCGGGGACGGCGAGCCGCUCCUGCAGGACACGUGCGACGGGGUCAGGGCGCCGGCGGCGGCGGCGGGGGCGGCGGCGGCGGGCGCCGGGGUCGCCGCGUUGAUCUCCGAGAAGGAGAGGCUGAAGGAAAGGAGGGUCUCCGGCUCGCCGCUCCACGGCGGCUCGCAGGAGAUGGACGAGGACGCCGACGUGGACACGGCAGCGGAGGUGUCGCUUCCCGAGAGAGGGGAGGGGUCGGAGGGGGAAGAGGAGGGGCCGGCGCCGAGCGCCACCGCAGAGGUCCAGAGCCAGGAGAACAACCAGUUAUCCGAUGCCGGGGAAGGGCAGGACCACGGCAGCAGCGCCUCAGAGCCGGACAACGAAGUGUCAAUGAACCAGGCCCCGUCCACUCCCUGCAGCCCAGUGCGAGCCCUCCAGGAGCUGCACCCCAAACUGUCCUCCAGCGCCCCUCGCUCCAGCCCCCUGCGCUCCGCAGGACCAGCGUACUCCUUCAAGAAAGCUCAGCUGCAGCUCAGCGCCAGGAAGAAGAAACAGUCCCACUAUCGCAGCGUGAUCUCGGACAUCUUCGACGGCUCCAUCCUCAGCCUGGUCCAGUGUCUAACGUGCGACCGGGUCUCUACGACAGUGGAAACCUUCCAAGACUUGUCGCUCCCUAUUCCUGGUAAAGAGGACUUGGCCAAGCUCCACUCGUCCAUACAUCAGAACCUUCCAGUCAAGACGGGCCUGAGCCCCGACACCUACGGCUCGCAGGGCUGGAUCCCUUUCAUCAUGGACUCCAUACGCCGGUUCGUGGUCUCGUGUAUCCCCAAUUGGUUCUGGGGGCCCAUGGUGACGCUGGAGGACUGCCUCGCCGCGUUCUUUGCCGCGGAUGAACUCAAAGGGGACAACAUGUACAGCUGUGAGAGGUGUAAAAAGUUGAGAAAUGGUGUCAAAUAUUGCAAAGUGCUUAGACUUCCGGAGAUUCUUUGCAUUCACUUGAAGCGCUUCCGGCACGAGGUCAUGUACUCGUUCAAGAUCAGCAGCCACGUGUCCUUCCCGCUGGAGGGCCUGGACAUGCAGCCCUUCCUGGCCAAAGAGAGUCCGUCCCAGGUCACCACAUACGAUCUGCUCUCGGUCAUAUGUCACCACGGCACUGCAGGAAGCGGUCACUACAUAGCUUACUGUCAGAAUGUGAUCAAUGGCCAGUGGUAUGAGUUUGACGACCAGUACGUCACGGAGGUGCACGAGACGGUGGUGCAGAACGCGGAGGCCUACGUGCUGUUCUACAGGAAGAGCAGCGAGGAGUCGGUGAGAGAGAGGCAGAAGGUCGUGGCCCUGGCCAACAUGAAGGAGCCCAGCCUGCUGCAGUUCUACAUCUCCAGAGAAUGGCUCAACAAGUUCAACACCUUUGCCGAACCGGGACCCAUCAGCAACCACACGUUCCUUUGCCAGCACGGAGGGAUCCCACCGUUUAAAUACCACUACAUAGACGACCUAGUUGUGAUCGUUCCUCAGAACGUGUGGGAGUACCUUUACAACAGUUUUGGAGGCGGCCCCGCGGUGAACCACCUGUACAUGUGCACCGUCUGCCAGGUGGAGAUCGAAGCGUUGGCGAAGCGCAGGAAAACCGAAAUAGACACUUUCAUCAAGCUGAACAAGGAGUUCCAGGCCGAAGAGGCUCCGGCGGUGAUCCUGUGCAUCAGCAUGCAGUGGUUCCGAGAGUGGGAGGGCUUCGUGAAGGGCAAAGACAACGAGCCGCCCGGUCCCAUCGACAACAGCAAAAUCGGUGUUAUGAAAGGAGGCCACGUGCAGCUCAAGCAAGGUGCAGACUACGGUCAGAUCUCGGAGGAGACGUGGCAGUACCUGUUGGGGACUUACGGCGGCGGCCCCGAGAUCGCGGUGAGACAGACCGUCGCUCCGGCCGACCCCGACAGCCUUCACGGGGAAAGGAAGAUCGAGGCGGAAACCAGAGCACUUUGAGAAAGAGGAGGGCAAAAAAAAAAAAGAGGUUGGGAGGAGGGGGGGGGGGA